AUAAGUGAUAACCGGUUAACUUUUUGACUAUUAUUUCUAUACACAAAUUAUUUUCAAUUUUUUAUUCAACUAUUUCGAAAUUUGAUGUAGAAUCUUAAACCACAUCAUGUUAGUUCUUUGUGUUUUUACAUUAUUUAUUCUUAGCUCUAGUAAAAUGUUUAUGUUUUAUAGUGCAGUUUGUUGAAAUACAACAAAACGUAGGCACCUAAUUUAAACAUUUAGAACUUUGAGUUGUUCUAUUGUUAACAUCUAAUUUGCUACUUUCAUUCAAUGGCUAAGUAUUUCAGUACCAUUUUUCUUUCAAUCGGUUUAAAACCAAUUGCAAUACCGAAUCGUGUUUAUACGCUAUUGAAGUGUAACUAUAGUUCAAACCCAGAGCAAAGUCAUAGCAACUGUGACAGCCAAAACGAGAAUGAUUUCAUUGAAACACAGCGUCAGCGUCUGUUGAAAGUAGCCAUCAUAGGUGUACCAAAUGCCGGAAAGAGCUCUAUAAUCAAUUCUAUUGUACAAAGAAAUGUAUGUCCUUAUUCUUGUAAAGUUCACACUACAAGAUCUAGUGUCCGUGCAGUACGAAGUGUGGGCGAUACACAAUUAGUAUUUUUAGACACUCCUGGUCUUGUAGACUCUACAGAAAUUGCAAAGUUUAAUUUAGAAAAGACAUUUGCUAAUGAUUCAGUUAAUUCAAUCGAAGAAGCAGAUAUAAUUGGUGUUAUUCAUGACGUGUCCAAUCGGUACACAAGGAACCAUUUAGAUCCCAAAGUGUUGAGGCUUUUACAUCUUUAUCCUAACAAAGAUUCAUUUCUAGUUCUAAAUAAAAUAGAUCUUUUAAAAUCUAAAAGCUAUCUCUUAGAUUUGGCACGGUCUUUAACAUGUUUUAAACAUAAUAACAUUCAUAUUCCUGAACCGUACACUAUGACACCUGAAAAACGAAGAACUCAUGAAAACUUAAAAAUUCAAGAGAGGAUGUUGGGGAAAAAACUUAAGCGGUCUGUUGGUUGGGAAAACUUUAAAGAUGUAUUUAUGGUAUCUGCAAUCCAUAGUCUUGGUUCAUCUGAUAUUGAGGUCAGUUGUUAAAUAUUUUUACUGAUUAUCA